GAUGGUGAGGGGGACUGCGGGUCCGCACGUAUUGAGAGCUCGGCUCUGAGCUGAUGCGCGUCCACCAGUGUGCGUCAGUGGAGCGGGAGGAACGCAUGUUCGAGUCCGCCGCUGGAUGAUAUGAGCUGCUGAGUCCUCCAGUGUGCACCCAGUUGUAUAUGUGUUUUUGGAACGGGAUUCUUCAUGGAUAUUUGCUAUUUUUUUCCAAGUGUUUUGCAGGGGAAAGUGACAGCUGUAAGAGUUGAUUAGGGGAUGUAAGAGGAGCAGAUGUGAUUAGACAUUCCUGCAGCGGCAAACCAAACCAAACAUCGGACUGUUUUUUUUUUGUUUUUUUUAAAUCACUGACUUCACCUCUUUUUUUAUUUGAAGGAAAUGUAACCUUUGCUUUGAAGUGGGACGACUUUUGAGCCUUUUGCGUACUUGCCACUCUGGAUUCUUGGACCCAAAUGAGACAGGUUGUCUGAUGAGGGCACAGGAGCACUCGCACAGUGAAAUCACUGCAGCCUGCCCUGCACAGCGCACAGCCCCGCCGUCAUCCCUCGCUGCUCCACACCGGAGCGGAUGUACCACUUUUGAUAGAUUUUAACAAAACCAUUCGUCUCAACACUUUUUUUUGUGAAAAUGAGUGAUGAGAUGCACGAUCGCGAGUGUUAAUCAAGCUCUUUAUUAACUCAACAGGUCCAAUCCAAAGCCUGGAAAUGGAAUUAAUACAUGUAAUUGUGCUGCUGCUCUUGUUCUGGGUGUGCGCCGAGGCUGUCAUUAACCUUAAAUACGGAAUAAACGAGGAGAUGAAGCCUGGCUCCGUGAUUGGUAACGUGACAAAGGACGCGCUCAAACAGGGAUUCCAAAUCGCACCGCAGCCGCCCUACUUGCGGGUCAUCUCCAAUUCGGAGCCGCGCUGGGUGGAACUGAGCCCAGCGGGGAUUCUUACCACGCAAAUGAAGAUUGACCGGGAUGUAGUGUGCCGCCAGAACCCCAAGUGCAUUAUUUCUCUGGAGGUGAUGUCCAACUCUAUGGAGAUCUGCGUCAUCAAAGUUGAAAUUGAGGAUUUGAAUGACAACGCGCCCAAAUUUCCCACCAGCCACAUCGACAUUGAAAUCUCCGAGAACGCCUCCCCUGGGACCAGGUUCCCCCUGGAGGGGGCGAGCGAUCCAGACGCGGGCGUCUUCGGCGUGCAGUCCUACUCUAUCACCCCCAAUGAGCUCUUUGGGCUGGAGAUAAAAACGAGAGGGGACGGCUCCAAGAUUGCAGAGCUUGUGGUGCAGAAAUCACUAGACCGAGAGACUCAGUCCCACUACAGUUAUGAGAUCAGCGCAGAGGAUGGAGGAGACCCGCCAAAAAUAGGCGCGGUCCAAUUAAACAUCAAAGUCAUCGACUCCAAUGACAACAACCCUGUUUUUGACGAGCCUGUGUACACUGUUAAUGUCAUGGAGAACUCUCCCAUCAACACUUUAGUCAUAGAUCUAAAUGCAACAGAUCCAGAUGAGGGCACCAACGGCGAGGUGGUGUACUCCUUCAACAGUUACGUCACCGAGAAGACGAGGGAUGCUUUCAAAAUUGAUCCCCGCACCGGGAUCAUCACCGUCAACGGCAUUCUGGAUUACGAGACCACCCAGAUUUACGAGAUUGACGUGCAGGCCAAAGACCUGGGUCCCAACUCCAUACCGGCUCACUGCAAAGUCACCGUCAACGUGAUGGACACCAACGACAACCCGCCCGUCAUCAGCCUCCUGUCCCUCAACACAGAGAUGGUGGAAGUGAGCGAGAACGCGCAGCGCGGCUACGUCAUUGCCCUGGUGCGCGUCUCAGACAAGGACGCCGGGGCAAAUGGCAAGGUGCAGUGCCGGCUCCAGGGCAACGUCCCCUUCCGGCUGCAGGAGUACGAGAGCUUCUCCACCAUCCUGGUGGACGGACGGCUGGACCGGGAGCAGAAGGACACAUACAAUCUGACCAUCCAGGCUGAGGAUAGCGGCAUCCCUCCCCUUCGCGCCACCAAGUCGCUGGUGGUCAAAGUGACGGACGAGAACGAUAACCCUCCUCACUUCCUUAAGCCACAUUAUCAGGAGAUGGUGAUGGAGAACAACCUGCCCGGCUCCUGUCUGCUGGCGGUCUCGGCAGAAGACCCCGACCUGGGCAUGAACGGCACCGUCUCCUACUCCAUAGUCCCGGGUGAGAUUAAGCACAUGGACGUCAACACGUACGUGAGCAUCAACCCAUCAGGCCGUAUAUACUCCAUGAGGUCCUUCGACCACGAGUACACCAGGACGUUUGACUUCAAAGUCCUAGCCAGAGAUAACGGCAAUCCGUCCUUGUCGAGCAACGCCACCGUGAGAAUCGUGGUGCUGGAUGUCAACGACAACACCCCCGUCAUGACCAACCCUCCCCUGGUGAACGGCACCGCCGAGGUGUCUAUCCCCAGGAACGCCGGCGUGGGCCACAUGGUCACCCAGGUGAAAGCGGACGACUAUGACGAGGGCGAGAAUGGGCGCCUCACCUACACCAUCUCCGAGGGCGACCGGGCCUUCUUCGAGAUCGACCAGGUCAACGGCGAGGUGCGCUCAACCCGAAUGUUCGGGGAGAAUGCCAAAUCCACAUACGAGAUUACUGUGGUUGCCCGCGACCACGGCAAGCCCUCGCUGUCCGCCUCGGCCUACAUUGUCGUGUACCUCUCGCCGAACCUCAACGCCCAGGAGUCCAUCGGACCCGUCAACCUGUCCCUCAUCUUCAUCAUCGCACUGGGCUCCAUCGCAGCCAUCCUCUUUGUCACCAUGAUCUUUGUGGCCGUCAAGUGCAAGAGGGACAACAAGGAAAUCCGGACAUACAACUGCAGUUUCUUCUACUUGCGCAGGGUGGCCGAGUACUCGUACGGCAACCAGAAGAAGUCGAGCAAGAAGAAGAAGCUGAGCAAGAACGACAUCCGCCUGGUGCCUCGCGAUGUCGAGGAGACGGACAAGAUGAAUGUGGUGAGUUGCUCGUCACUCACCUCCUCGCUCAACUACUUCGACUACCACCAGCAGAGCCUACCGCUGGGCUGCAGGCGCUCCGAGAGCACCUUCCUCAACGUGGAGAACCAGAACUCGCGCAAUGCCGCGCCCAACCAUGGCGGCUAUCAGCACCCGUUCACCGGUCAGGGCCACCAGCAGCCAGACCUCAUCAUCAACGGCAUGCCGCUGCCAGAGACGGAGAAUUAUUCAAUUGACUCCAGUUACGUGAACAGCAGAGCCCACCUCAUUAAAAGCACAUCCACAUUCAAGGACCUGGAGGGGAACAGUCUGAAGGACAGCGGCCACGAGGAGAGCGACCAGACAGACAGCGAACACGAUGUCCAGCGAGGACACUAUGUUGACACGGCUGUCAAUGACAUGCUCAACAUGACCGUCCCCCCAAAUGUUUGCCAGCUGCCAGACCAAGGCAGCGAACCCACUGAAGGCUUCCACUGCCAAGACGAGUGCCGCAUCCUUGGGCACUCAGACCGCUGUUGGAUGCCUCGCGUCCCUAUCCCAGCACGCGUGAAGUCGCCCGAGCAUGCCCGCAAUGUCAUCGCUCUGUCGAUCGAGGCCACCACGGUGGACGUUCCCCACUAUGAGGACGGCACCACUAAGAGGACUUUUGCCACCUUUGGCAAGGACGGGCACGAUGAUGUGGAGCGAGGCGACAUGAGGGGGAAGCGGACUCAGGAAUCUCAGGUGUGCAGCCCCAAGGCCAAUGGUGGGGCGGUGCGCGAAGCCGGCAACGGGCGAGAGGCGGCCAGCCCCAUCACUUCCCCCGUGCACCUGAAGAGCCCCAUGUCCAAGCCCUCGUCUGCCUACAACACACUGAAAUGCCGCGACGCAGAGCGCAUCGCCAACCACAGCCUGCUCCGGCAACCGGAGGGGAAAGACAGUGAGCCAUCGGUGCGGGAGAUCAACACGCUUCUCCACGAUGGCCGCGACAAGGAGUCCCCCAGCAGCAAGCGCUUGAAGGACAUUGUGCUUUAGCGAGCUUCUCCGCCACACACUUAGUGUAAACUCACAUAUAUAUACAUAUAUAUCCCGCAAUAGCUGUACAUUCACACAAGAAGAGUCCAACAGAGGGACUAGACAAGACACACCCAUUUGCAGUAUGCAAUAUUCAAGAGUGUGCUGCAGCUAGUUGUGUGCUCAUGCCAAGGUAGUGGAUGUGGCUUUGUUGUAGUUGCGGUACUUUUUUCCCAUUUGCUUUUUCUUUGUCUUUAUUUUCUUGUUAUCAGCAGUGAGUGGACAGGCAGGUUACUGUUGACUGCACGGAAGUGGCUAUCGGAGCUCGCCAGCCCUUACGCCAAAGCAGGACAUGUUUGGACACCCUCAGGUGCCGACGCUUAAGUACAGAUAUGCCUUUUUCAACAACUUUUGUAUCACAAUGAAAUAUUUGCCUUCUUUGGUUUUGCAGUUGGUCCUAGCUGCGAAAAUCGCUCUUUGUUCCUUUGUAUAGUGAGCUCCGUCGAUGUAACGAGGAAGACACAGGAUUCAUCGGAAAAAAUAUACUCCCUGAGUUCGGUGCGCAUCUGGGAGACGGGGAAGGGUGACCUCUCAAUCUCAUUUGCGCUUCACCCUGCCGACUAAUAAGAUAGGCUCUCUCUGCAUCUCCGAGGACAUCCCGGCGUCACCACACUGUGAGGUCUUUACAGUGUUUAGAUUCUGUCAAUGACAGAGCUAAAUGAACUGUCGCAAAGCCUCUCGGAAAAAUGGACGGACCCGGCUGUACGCCUCCAUAUCUGCGGUGGUGCCCAACCUUGAUUGUAGUCAGUGGAGCACAAGUUCAAACCCUGCUCUCCGGUCUUGUAUUUUUUCUGACUUUUGACUAUGGGGCUAGGAUAGAAGGGAUCGUCACUCUUGUCUUGCUAUGUGAAACUCUGUAUAGGGUUUACUAUUAUCAUUUUUAUUAACCUGUUGUAAUGUGACAAUCCCUUUAAAUGUUUUGUUUUAACAGAUUGAAAAAAAAAUAAACAUAAACAUUGGUGUUCGACUGAAGCUACAGUAGCGUUUGUUACACAAACACAAAAAUGAAAAAAAAAAACACAUGCCAAAAUAUAUUUUAUAAAUAAUUUAAAAAUGUAUAAUGAGAAUAUUUAAUGAUGUGUAGUUAUUCUAUGAGUAAGUUAUACUUGAAAUUAACUUGCUUUUGGGUUUUUUUUUUUGUUUUUUCUUUGUCUUUUGCUUUUAUAUUGAACCUGAUUUUUUUAUUUGUUUUUUUUUUCAAAAUUAUCUGUUUUUUGGUUUGCUGUGUUACCCCCCUGGCAACUGUUGACUUGCAGUCUACCUUGUUGUAAAGAGUUUCUUAUUGGUCAGUUCUUGUGCCAUCAAGUUUCUGUGUGGGCUACUAGAAAAUGUAAAAAAACAACAAAAAAAAGACACAAAAAGAAGCAAUUUCAGCACCAACAUUAGUGUGUCAGUUCAAUGAGCUUAGAGUGAGAUAGCAAAAGAAACCCAAAAAAAAAAGAAUAAAAAAAAGAUGCAAACAAACCGAUAAUUUUGAAGAUGGAGUUCCACCAGGUGUCCUACUAAGCCCAGACAAGUUUAGGCAAAACUUUAGAUUUUUUUAAACCUUCGAUUGAGAGUCUGGGUUCACCCAGCACUUUUCUUACCAAGCUCCAUCUGUGUUGAGUUGAUAUAUAAAGUUUUGAUCAUAGUGAUACAGAACUGCCCCCCCUCUAGCAUCACGCAGCAGGUGAGAAAGAAUGGUUGUCAUUCCGGGAUGAAGCGUGCUGCACAUCAGCAGUGUGGUUUUAUGUUGCUUUGCGGUAAAUUAUGUGCAACGUGGAACAUGUGAAUGAAAGUGGACAGACUGCAUACAUACAAAAAAAAAAAUUAGAUCUUGUAGCUGAAUGUUUUGCUGGUCUCACCCUUGGCUUCUGGCAAAAUGAACAUCGGAAUAAUCACUGAAUGUAUACAGCAGCUUAUAAUUAAACUAUUAAAUGUGUCUGCUUGUUUUUUCUGGUCAUUUUUGCACACACAAGACAAAAAGUGUCCAAUGUGCUCAUUAGGAGACAAUGUCUGAGCUUCAAGCCACUGAGUGGUCAUUAUCCCUCGGCAAUGCUUUGCUUUAUACCAAGGAAGCAAGUGGUGGAAGAAGCUAUAGAGACAAAUUCUGUGGUGUUACUUGAACAUUUUGUAGCUUCGGUAUCGCAUACAGACCUUGUUAAAAAGAACACACGUGGCAAGAGAAACAUGAAACCAGCACCUAAAGAAACACAAAUAUUUGACACAAGAUAUUUGACAAUACUACAUUGCAACAUUGUUUUUGAAAGAUAUGGUUUGUGGCAUCUCAGCUCGUCCCCAAACACGGAAAUGUCAAUGUCAUUUGUGUUUGGACAAAUAAACAUCACAAUCAUCAUGUAGGAGUUGGAAGAAGCAGAGCUUAUUUUAAUCCUACUAACCCUCCGAUUACUGUUUAAUGUGUUUAAAUGUUAUCAUUUUCUAAGAGCGGGAGAAAAGAAUAGAUUAUGCAAUAGUAAAAGACAAAAGAAAACGAAUGUGGUUAAACAAAUAAAUAAUAUAUACAUAAUAAUACAUUAAUUUAAAAAAUAAUACAGGUUUUAGUGUUUUUGGUCACAAAUUACAUUGCAAGUUUACAACUAAAACAAUGGACUAGUAUAUUUUAACUGAGCACAAUUCAUUUACAAUGUGCAACAUGAUGUCAGUGUCAUGAAAUAUGUAUUCACGUCCAUUGUGUUUGUCAUAAUAAAAUGGAAAUUAACAGUCACAAGUAGCACCGGCUGCAUUAAUAUUCACCGCAAUCUCUCUUGCUGUUUCCCAUUAUUUCCCGAGCAGACCUUUGGGGAAAGUUCCUACAAGUGAGGUGUGUUUGCAUGCAUCUAUUUCUGGCUGGGAGUGUUCUUUUUGUUUCUUAGAGUGGGUCACUUGGCGCCUUUUGUGAAACAAAAACACACAGAAGUCGCAGUAAAAGUGACAAGGGCUAGCAGGGGAUAGCAGGGGUGUCCACAUUUUUUUCCACCGAGGGCGGCAUGCAGAAAAAAGAAAGGAUUCAGCUGGGCGCCACUUUGAUAAUUUGUGUUUCUAAAACACGUUGAAACCAACCUAAUGUACGUCAAGAUAUGCUAAGCAGUUAAAUAUACAGUAGAUCCCCACUUUGCCGUUUCGCGACAUGCAAAAGUGGGUCACAAAGACGAUGAAAUAAAUACAACGGAACCUUGGUUAGCGUCAUUGUUUUGUUCCAGAAGGUCCGACUCUAAGUGAAACAGACAUAUAACCAAAUCAAUUUUUUCGAUAAAAAAUAAUGUAAAUCCAAUGAAUCCCACCCAGAAAGCCAAACUGCGAACAAAAAACAUGUUGUUUAUAUUUUUAACAAUUCUAGUUGUACAUGCAGAAAACAAUUGAAAAUGCAUAUAAGUAUAUAUAAAGGAUGAAUGAAAGGGUUAAAUGAACAUCUAAUGUUACUUUUACCAACAUUGAAAACCUGAUUCUUGACUGAAAACAGGAAGGUGGUGGUGCUUGAUCUCGCUGCCACAUCGUGUCUUUGGGAACAAUCACGUCAUUCAUGUAAAACUCUAAAAUAAUUGUAAAACUUUUAAUAAUUGUGAAACUAUGAAAACGUGUUAACAGUUUUGAGAGUCAACCGCUGAUAACAUCAGAGACGAGUGAUGUAACGUCCGGCUCCGGUUGUAAUUUUGUUUAGCUAGCUAAUAUGAUGCUUGUUGAAUUCACACAGUGUGUUAAUAAUACAAGAAGACGCGCGCCAUAGUGUACACUAACUGGAGAAUGCACACAAACCGAGGCAAAAUUGUGGUGUACUUUUUCAACAUUAACUGAAGAUCACGCUAACCUGGGCGGACGCUAACUGAGGUUCCACUGUAGGCCCAGUAGAAAACGAAGAACUUACAUUUUAGCUCCUGUGCGUUCCGAAGUAUAACACCUCAUUGUGCACCAAACACAUUUUGCUGCAUACAAAACAUGUACUUUAACAAAACGUGUACGUGUUGUUAACAUAAACAGUGUAGUCCACACACAAUGUAACUAAAAUUGAAUCGUGAAAGACUGUAUGCCAAUGUGCCAAUGUGAACUUCAUAGUAUUUAUUGCUCCUGGUUUUUGUCAUAAUUCAGACAAUAACAAAAGUGACACUGAUUCAAAAUCAGAAAUAUAGUGUAAUGUCUAU